AGCACCUCUUGCAUUUUCUUUUGUGAACUUGGACAUCUCGGCAAAGGAGUUCCAGCUGCAUAGAGCAAAUGGUCUCAAAAUCCCUGGGCUUGGCUUAAAAAGAACCCUAGAGCUGAUGGACAAGCUUGGGUAUUGAGGUGGCUGUUGGACUUGAGGGAGGCUGCAGCAAACUGAGAAACAUGGAAAAAGGCUAACGGUCGCAGAGUGAGCCGUGAAUGCUGUGCCCGCACUGGGGCCCCGGCCUGAGAGGACAACGGGCAGAGUCGAUGGGAAGGCAGUGGGGUCUGCCUGCCAGUUGUCACGCUGUAGUCGGAAAGAAGGCUUCUAAUGCCACUGGAACCCCCUGAUGGAAGGGGUUUGGAUCAACCGCUAUCGGAAGCAGCUGGUGAGGUCCAUCUCGCCGCAGUUCCUGGAAGAGAUCAUCUGCUACAUGAGGAAGCUGGAUCUCCUCAGUGCUGAGGAGGCAGGCCAGGUUCAGGAGGUGAGCUCCCUGUCGGAGCAGGUGAAGGCAGUCAUGGAUCUUCUGGCUGGGAAGGGCAGCUAUGCCUCUCAGUCCCUGCAGACUUACAUAGAGACAACCAACGCCCAGCUCUAUCUCCACAUCACCGUCUAUGACCCUAUGGUGCAAAAGCAUUUGGAAAGUCUCCAGAACCGCUAUGGAACUGGUGUGGAACUUGGCCAGCUGGAGAGGCUCACUAAUCUUCUGCUGGUGGAAGGCUUGACAGAUAUUCAGCAGAAAGAGCAUGAUGUCAUGCAGAUUGAGGCCACCAAAGGCAUGAGAAAUGUUGCCAAGAAAAUCCCUCUGGAGAAGCUCUUUCUACCUCUGUCUAAAGUCAGCAUUCCUCCUCGAAUCUCUGUGACCGUGGGUGUGGCUGGGAUCGGCAAAAGCACUUUGGUGAAACUGUUUGCUUGCAUGUGGGCCAAAGGGGAGGUCAAUAAGGACAUCAUAUUCGUGCUGCCUCUCACCUUCCGGGAACUGAACACUUAUGAGAAACUCUCUGCUGAGAGGCUCAUCCGGUCGGCAUUCCCUCAUAUUACUGAACCCAGCUUUAUCUCCAAUGGCACCGCCCGGAUUUUACUGAUUCUGGAUGGCUUGGAUGAGUUUAAGACUCCUUUAGAUUUUUCCAACACAGUCGUUUGCACGGACCCCAAAAAGGAAAUUCAAGUGGAUAGUCUGAUCACCAAUAUUAUCCGUGGCAACCUGUUCCAGGAAGCUUCCAUUUGGGUCACUUCACGGCCCACAGCAGCCAGCCAAAUCCCAGGUGGCCUAGUUGACCGGAUGACAGAAAUACGAGGUUUUGGAGCUGUGGAGAUCAAGGACUUCUUGGAUCAGAUGUUCCUUGAGAACAAAGACUUAUCCAGUCAAGUCUUGGGUCAGAUCAAGGCUAACAGAUCUUUGUACACAAUGUGUACGGUUCCUGCCUUUUGCUGGAUAUCUGGCUCCUCAAUGGGCUAUUUCCUAAAGAACAGCACUGAUCAAUCCCAAGAAAUGACAACUGUUCCUAAGACUUUAUCAGAAAUCUACUCCUAUUACUUUAAAAUGGCACUGAGUAGUGACUGGCAGGAAAAACAGAAGGAGACUCCCAGGAUAGAACAAGCUAUAAACAACAGCAAAAAAAUUAUUGGUAAUCUGGGUCGGCUGGCAUUUUAUGGUCUGCUCAAGAAAAAGUAUGUAUUUUAUGAACAAGACAUGAAAGCCUAUGGCAUAGACCUCUCAUCACUACAAGGCAGCUUGUGCAAUAGGAUGUUACUCAAGGAAGAGAUGCAGUUCUCCACUGUCUACUAUUUCUCCCAUUUAACCCUCCAGGAGUUUUUGGCAGCCACUUAUUACUAUGCUUCAGCAAAGCGAGCAAUAUUUGAUCUCUUCACUGAGAGCGGGAUGUCCUGGCCUAAGUUUGGUUUCCUCAAUCACUUUAAGAACGCUGUCCAGAGAUCACUGCAGUCAGAUGACGGGCAACUGGAUAUCUUUGUACGCUUUCUCUCUGGACUUCUCUCCCCGCAGGUGAACAAAUUGCUGUCCGGUUGGCUCUUGAUGAAGGAUGAGCAUAACAGCUUCCGAAGCCACGUGAUCAGCUUUCUCCAGAGCUGCCUGAACACUGACUAUGUCAUCUCCUCCAGGACUGUGAACGUCAUGCAGUGCUUGUAUGAAGUGCAGCACAUGGAGCUGGCCAAGACUGUGGAGGAAGCUAUGAAAAACGAGAGCUUAGCUGGGAUGUUAACACCAGUGAAUUGUUCUGCCCUGGCUUAUCUCCUGCAGGUCUCUGAGGUGUGUAUGGAGGAGACAAACCUCUCCAACUGCCUCACCUACAAUAUCUGCAAAAGUCUGCUUUCCCAGCUCCUCUUCUGCAGUAAUCUCCGGCUGGACAAUAACAAGUUUAAGGACAAUGUGAUGGAGCUGUUGGGCAGCGUGCUGAGCGUGAAGGAUUGUCAGAUUCAAAAGAUGAGCUUGGCAGAAAACCAGAUCAGUAACAAAGGGGCCAAAGCCCUCGCCAGAUCCCUGAUGGUCAACAGGAGCCUGACAGUACUUGACCUUCGCAGUAACGCCAUCGGACCCACAGGGGCAAAAGCACUGGCUGAUGCACUGAAAAUAAAUCAAGUCCUACUCUCCCUGAACCUCCAGAAUAACGUGAUCAAGGACGAUGGUGCUAAAUUCCUGGCUGAGGCCCUUUUAACCAACCACAAACUGACAACUUUGCACCUUCAGAAGAACUCCAUUGGGCCCCAAGGUGCAAAGAAAAUAGCAGAAGCACUGAAGCAGAACGGGAAUCUCAGGGAAUUGAUCCUCUCCAGUAACUGUGUGGGGGACACUGGCUCUGUAGCCUUGGCCGAAGCUCUGAGAGUGAAUCACAGUCUCACAACCCUGGACCUCCAGAGCAAUUCGAUCAGUAACACGGGGGUCACGGCGCUGAUAGGUGCGCUGCGCUCCAACCGCAGCCUCAUCAGCCUCAACCUUCGGGAGAAUUCCAUCGGCCAAGAGGGGGGGCCGGAGAUAGCCAGCGCUCUGCGCGCUAACUGCACGCUGAGGAACCUAGACCUAGCGGCGAAUCUGUUGUAUGAUGAAGGCGUCAAGGCCAUUGCACUGGCGAUGAGAGAGAACCAGGCGCUCAUGUCCCUGCACCUGCAGUGGAACUUCAUCCAGUCGAAGGCGGCCAAGGCGCUGGCCCAAGCACUACACUCCAACACAAGCCUGACCAGCCUCGAUUUGCAGGAGAACGCUAUUGGCGAUGAAGGCAUGAUCGCCCUCGCUGCUGCUCUGAAGGUGAACACCACACUCACCACCCUCUGCCUCCAGGUGGCUUCGAUCGGGGUGAGCGGGGCCAAAGCCCUGGCAGAGGCCCUAGUUGUUAACAGAACCCUCACAACUCUGGACUUGAGAGGAAACUCCAUCGGUGUGGCUGGAGCCAAAGCUAUGGCCAACGCGCUGAAGGUUAACCGCAGUCUCCGUGUUCUGAACCUCCAGGAGAACUCCUUAGGCAUGGAUGGAGCUAUCUGCAUCGCCACAGCUCUGACCGGAAACCAUGGCCUCACCUACGUCAAUCUGCAGGGGAAUCGCAUCGGCCAGUCCGGCGCCAAGGUGAUCGCUGAUGCCAUCAGAACAAACUCUCCACGCUGCAUCGUCGAGAUGUGAGGGCCGGCUGCACCAGGAACGGCCAGCACGAUGUGUCGGACGCCGCAUCCCGCCUUGCUAGGAGCAGGGCACAGCGUGUGCUACGAGGUGGAGCCAGCCACUGCAUCAGUGCAAUUGCGCCGCAGCCGUAAGGGGCAGGGUGUGUGG